AUGUCCACAGCACUCUACUACCUCACCUCACCCUACUUCCGCUCCCUGCUCUUGGAGAAACCCGUCCCCGCCCCCGCGCCCACCCCCGGCCCUUCCCAACCGAGCACACCUCCCUGCAGCAUCCCUUCCUCUCCCUCCCCUUCCCCCCUCUCCCUCCCCCUCCCCAGCCCAAGCCCAAACGUACCGCAGCCGCAGCUCAACUGGCCCCUCCGCCAGCUUCUGGAGCAAGUCCAGCCCUACCUCUUCCUCGCCCGAGUGGACAACCCAGCAGGGACGCUCCUCCUCUGGCUACCAUUCACCUGGUCCGUCCCCCUCGCUGCUAACCACCUCCAGCUCUCCCCGGCCUUUGCAGGCUCUUAUACGCUCUACUUCGGCCUUGGGUCUCUUAUUAGUCACUGUAUGGGCUGUACGGUGAACGACAUUGCAGACCGGGAGUUAGACCGACUCGUAGAACGAACCAAACAUCGCCCCCUCCCCUCCGGCACCAUCUCCCUCCCCCAAGCCCUCCUCUUCCUCCUGCUCGAAACCGCAAGCUGGUUCCUCUGGCUCUCCCAGCUCAACACCCCUUCUUUCCUGCUCGGCACCGCUUACCUCCCCUUGGUCGUCAUUUACCCGUAUAUGAAACGCCUGACUUACUGGCCCCAGGCUUUCCUGGGGGUUGUCUUCAACUGGGGCGCUUUACUGGGAUACACAGCUCUCGCUGACCCCGCAUCAGCAUGGGCAUGGGACGUCCUACUCCCCUUAUAUGGCGCAGGGUGCUGCUGGACAAUUGUGUACGAUACGAUCUACGCGCAUCAGGACAAGACGGACGACCGCAGUGCGGGGAUAAAGAGCACCGCACUGCUCUUUGAAGAACGGACAGUGCCCGCCUUAGCAGGUUUUACCACGCUCAUGCUGGCUUGCCUUACGGCAGCAGGGCACGCAGCUGGCCUGGGACCGGCGUAUUACGCACUCUCGGUGGUUGGGGGAGGGGUGUGGAUGUUUCGCACGCUGUGGGUCACAGAGUGGGAUAACAGGGAGAGCUGUCGGAGAGGGUUUGAAGCGAACGUGUUUGUGGGACUGCUGGUAACUGCGGGCGUUUGGGCCGAUUAUGUCUUAUCCUCUUAUAGCUGGACCUGUCUGCUUGGGCAGGUAGGUACAGCGGGUAUGUAAGAUUCCGCCGUUUAUUAUGCGGUUGAGAGAUAGAUGGUAGUUGACAUUAGGCGAAC